ACGUACGUGAGGUUUAUGCGGAAUUGGAACAGAUGGCAGCGGCGCGGGAAAGUUUAAUCAUUCAACCAUUCCUUCUUAUUCCUCCAUGAUUCAACGAUGAAUAAUAGCGAAAACUGUGAAAUCAUGCUUGAAUAUGCUCAGUUUACUUAUAAAAGUCCGCACGCAAAAAGGUGUUUCUCAAUCUCAAUGGUACUACUACUACUAGGGCCUAUUUUAAAUUAUUGAGUUAAACCUGACUGACUGAGCUGACACAAGGAUGUCUGUUGUUACAGUGCAGCUUGGUCAGUGUGGCAACCAAGUGGGCCAUCAGUUCUUCCAAACUCUCAUGUCGGAUCUGACAAGCCAGGAUGACAAGAAGCCUUGUCUUGGAUACCACUCGGAGAGCCUUCGGCGCUUCUUUCAUGACCCACAAGAUGGAAUCUUUCAUAGAACGGAGGGGUCAAGAGCUAAGGUGCCUACUGCCAGAGCGGUUUUGGUGGACAUGGAAGGGAAGGUUGUACAAAAUGUCGCAUCACAAGCAAAGAAGUCUGGAUUGUGGCAGUAUGACAAAAAGCAACUAGUUUCCAGGAAGCGGGGUGCAGGUAACAACUGGGCAGAUGGGUUCCACGAACAGGGGCCCCGAGUUGAAGAGGAGGUUCUAGAACGAGUACAGAGGGAGGUUGAGACUUGUGAUGCCUUUGCAGGGUUCCUGACCCUUAUGAGUGUCGCAGGAGGUACGGGAUCUGGCGUCGGUACUCGCAUCACCCAGAUGCUACAGGAUAACUACCCCCAUGCCUUCCUGUUCAAUCAUCUGAUCUGGCCGCAUGGCACUGGGGAAGUCAUCCUGCAGAACUACAAUGCCAUCCUGUCGCUGGCGCAUCUGUACCAGUCUGCCGAUGCGAUUCUGAUCUCCCACAACGAUGCCGUGCGGACAGUCUGCAGCCAGCUUGCUACCACGGCAAAGCAGAAUGUCUCCUUCCAAGACAUGAACAAGCUCAUCGCGCACCAGAUGAGCAUCGCUCUCCAGCCAGCACAUUUGGCAUCAUCGGGCAGGAGGCCCUCAUCGUUUGGAUUCAUGAUGGAGCACCUUGUUCCUCAUCCAGAAUACAAACUCUUGACACUGCGGAGUGUUCCGCAAGUCUCGGAGGCUGCCUUGGCCUUUAGCACCUUCAACUAUCGCAGCCUUGUCAGUAGGCUGAGACAGAUGCUGAUAACUGGCACUGUCAUAGAAGAAGGAAUCAACUGGCACAUGAAGUUACCAUCUAAACCCUCGCCGUCAAGCCUACACAACAAGUCCUUGGCCGCCUUCCUGACUGUCCGAGGAAAGGAAUCCGACAAGGUAGACCUUGCAGAGUUUGACAACAGUGCCCUCUAUGCAGACUGGGUGCCCAACUCGGCAGCCUUCGCCGCCCAGUGGCACGAGAGACCGUUUAGCGGGCAUGAGAAGACGGCAAGUCUUCUAAGCAACUGCCAGACCCCGGUCUGGAUGCUGGACCAGGUGCUUGGCAAGGCGUGGGGCAUGUUUGCCAUGCGGGCCUACGUCCACUGGUACACGCGGUACGGCGUGACGGAGGAGGAGUUCAUCGACUGCUUUGCGGGACUGGAGCAGGUGGUGCAGAACUACAAGCAGCUGUGAUGUGUCAGUGGUCACACUUGGUUAAAACCACCAUGUUUUGGAGGGCUUUCAGCUCUGAGGGGGCACAGCCCAACCACCUUUAUAUUGGACUCGCAAGGUCAAGCACACAGAGUUGUGGUCGAAGUGGUUGUGAUUUAUCACCAGUACAUCUCAAGUCUGGUCACAAGUAAAUCACAAAUCAAUUCGCAAGUCCAGUCACAAGAACCAGAGGACAAACAAAAAAAUCCCCCAAAACAAAGAAUUCCCCUGCCGUAUUUCCUUUAAACAUCUUGGGAGUUAACUUAGUUGGGACUGGAUGACUUGUGAUUGACUUGAAUAUGGGUAGAGGCACUUUUAAUGCCUUGCAUGCAGUGGACUAGUUACCCAUCCCAACCCUGUUCAUACUGUGAAGACAUUAGAUUAUCUUGUCUCGUCUCAGUGUGAGGGACUGGUUCUUCCACACUUUCCUCCGAAGCCCACACCUCGAGUGGCCUUCGGCCUUGUGAUGGGCGAUUUGCAAAAAGACUUGCGAUGACAACUAAUCGAUGAGAAGAACAAUAAUGCAUAAAAAUAUCUUAUAAAUACAGAUGCAAGUGCGGCAGUCUUUCCCUGCAAAAGUUGAUCAAUUUCAAAGUCACUAUAAACUGGAUGCUUUCCAGAGCUUUCUAUAAAAACGAUGAAAUAAUGAAAUCACAUGGAUUUGUUUCUUUAUAGUAUAUAAAUUUUGUGUCCAAAAUUAACAUCACAACAAUCAUGAAAUCCAAACUGAAAGCAAUAGAAUUCAUAUCAAUAUUAAUUUUAUUUGGUUUUCAGGGUAAACAUUCAGUUGUUCAUAUAUAUAUAAUCAUCUGCUCUAUCUGGUACUGUACAUGUACAAAAACCUAUUCGGAUGGGAUUCUUUGUAAUACCAUACAGAUUCUUUGCAAUACCAUACAAACCAUACAUUGAACUAAAAAAAAAGCAUUUUACUUUUUACGGGUGGCAAAGCGGAAGUACAAUUGCAUAUUAAUGGUCACACGACUAUUGAAAAUUACAAGGUUCACAAUGAUGUACACGUAUUAGCUUUAGUAUUAAGUGACAUAGAUACUUCUCUGGAAACAAACAAUUCAAGCCCCUUUUUGUACCAAAAGAUUUGGAAAUUUUAGGCAGUCGAAAUGUUACAGACAUAAAGAGA